AUGACAACCGAUCAAGAUCGAUGGGACGAACGGAUACCGGAACUGGAGAGGCACCUCAACUCCGCCGUAAACAAAACAAGUACUCGUACACCCUUUGAGGCACUCCAUGGAUACCGACCAAGGUAUGUGGGAGGCGUGGUCAAUACACUGAGCCGUUCUAGUGGUGAAUGGACCAACCCAAAUGACGUGCAAGACUGUACGAAAUGCUAUUGCCACGGGCCAGGCAAACAUGAAGGCCCAUUACGACCGGAACCGUUAUCCGGGAACAAGGUACGAAGUGGGGGAGGUCGUUGUUAUGUUACGGCAACCACGUCCAGAUCAACCCACUAA